CAUUUGGGUACAGCGGCUGGACCUUCAUUUGGAAUCAGGUAGCUGUGGACUUGAACUGUGUGCCUUGAUUCGGGAAGUGGUUUCCGGUAAAGGCGGCGUUUACUCGCUGCAGUUUUAAUGUAAACCUUUUAAACGUGAACGUUGGAAGCGAAUCAUCAGAGUCCAGAAUGGACAUUCUUACCAAGUACAUUUUUCUGUCCGCUCUGUGCACAUUUACGGCGGAGGCUUAUGCAGUUUUACACGUCCUGAUGUGUUGGGCUGGAGGAUUUUGAAGAAAUGCAUUUUGAAAAAAAGUUUCAAGAAGAAAACGAGAACUUAAUUGAAACGAGCGAUCUGGAUACACACCAGUAGAAGAUGAUGAAGAGAUGUAUGCAAAUGAAGCACGUUACUCUAGAUAUGAAGAUAUUCCACGGUGUGCUCCUCUAAAGAUCAAAAAUGGUUAUAUAAGGUGCAAAACCCCACUAGGUGUACCAUACCAAAAUGCACAGGGAACAGUGUGUGAUGUUUCUUGCCGACAGGGAUAUGAAAUUCAUGGACCUAGCCGUAUCCAUUGCCUUUCAAGCAAACGCUGGUCACAGACAGUUAUUUGCAGAGAAAUACGAUGUCCCAAGCUUUCAUUGCCAGUUCACGGGGCUGCCAAGUGCUCAGAUGGAGCCUAUUUUAAAUCAAGGUGUGAGUUUUAUUGUACACCUGGAUAUCAAGUUAAGGGACCGAAAGAUGUGAUUUGCAUGCACAAUAAAGUGUGGAGUGGAAAGGAGCCAACUUGUCUUGAUGUUGACCCUCCAAAAAUAAAGUGCCCCAGUUAUAAACAGAAGAUGGCAGAGCCUGAAAAGCUGACUGUCCGGGUGAACUGGGACACACCUGAAGGAAAAGAUGCAGCAGAUGGCAUCUUGACAGAUGUUAUAUUGAAAGGCCGCCCACCUCGCUCAGAAUUCCCUGAAGGUGAACACAAAAUUCAGUAUGUUGUUUUCGACAGAGCUGGCAACAAGGCUUCAUGCAGAUUCACGAUUAAAGUGGAAGUUAGACGCUGUGGGAAGCUCAUUCCACCAGAGAAUGGCUACAUGAAAUGCACCAGUGAUGGGGAUAACUAUGGAGCCAUGUGUGAGUUUAAUUGUGUGGGUGGCUUUGAACUGAGAGGAAGCAAAGCAAGUGUCUGUCAGUACAACCGCGCCUGGUCAGCAUCUGCUCCCGUCUGUGCACCCAUGAACAUUAAUGUGCGUGUUACCACGGCAGCAGCACUUCUGGAGCAGUUCUACGAGAAACGUCGAUUGCUGAUUAUAUCCACUCCUACUGCUGCUGAUCACUACUAUCGAUUUCAGCUAGGAAUAAAUCAGCAAGCUAUAUGUGGCUUUGACUUACGGCAUGUGACCGUCAUAGAACUAGUUGGUGUUUACCCCGUGCUAAUAGGGAGGAUAAGGGAACAGUUCCUGUCACCAUUCCUAGUUUUACAACUGAGGUUGCUGCUCCGGAUUUCCCAGUCAAGCUUCAACAUGGUCCUUGUCGAUAAACGUGGCAGGGAUAAAGAACGCUAUCCUUUCCCGGUUACCGCUGCUGAACUCUUCACAUUGAUUGACACAUUUCCUCUGCGAAAGGAAGAAAUCAAAUUGCAAGCAGAAAGUGGUCAGAUGUGCUAAUUCCAAAAGCUGAUUUUACCCUUCACUGGAGCAACUGCAGUUUGCUAUGUGAAUUUUCAAGUUACAUACUUAUACCUUGAAAGUGCCAUUAAUAUAUGAAAGUAUGCUGUAAAACAUUCCUUUUGAUUGCUGGAAAAUUUUGCUUAAGUGCAGCAUAUCAGUUUAUUAUCAUGAAUAUGUAAAGUAUUGUGCUUGGUGUAAUUUAUGCAUUUUCCUUAUAAAACUGCAGCACAGGAGAUAGGUUUGAACACAAUGCGCAUGGAAUGAUUUAACUCGUUUUGGAAAACGUGCCACAAUUAUUAGUUUAUGGUUUUCACUUAGUUCUGAAAGAGUAGAUUAUGUGUUGCCACUAUGAUCCAUAUGGUGAGAUGACUAUUGAUUCUCAUUACCAGCUAAUCCAACUUUUCUUGCCACACUUAAUCCUUUUUACAUUGACCUGCUCAAUCCCAGGCAUUUAAUUAAAGUGUUCUGAAUGUGAGGAUUUAGUUUAAGUGUUCUUUAUACUGAAAUACAGCCUUAGAGAAAAUGGCUGCUCUGUGUAUAGAGGGUUGCUCAGGUUUAAAAUUAAAACUCUCAAUACCCGCAGCAAAUUCACACUUACACUGGGGUGUGCGAAUGUGUCUGGACAGAUUGGAGCUGGCAGAAGUAUAUUUUUGCUGACGAGGUUGUUUAAAUAGUGAGAAUAGAUCUAUGGACUUGUCCUUGCAGUGUAGCAAAAGUGAGGUUUAAGAGUGAACGGCAUGUGUGUACAACUAAGUGGCAUCUGAUGUUAAAAGAAUUUAAAGGUGACAUGACUGUGGUCACCAUUAUGAGCCAGCUUUCAAGCACCAAAAGUCAUUCCCUUAGUACUGGGAGCAGUGUGGUAUCUACCUGCAGAUUUCAGUUGUUUAUUAUCAGGCUACAUUCCUUUCCAUUCCACAAGGUGAGCUUGAGACAGACACCAGACCGUGCUUGGGUGUUUUAAGACAGGUAGCUUGAUGUAGAUUUAAGGUCAGAAUAACUUAUUUAAUGUUGGAUAUUCGACAGAGGGAGUAAAUAUAAUGAACAGGCCCCCUGCUGGUCUGAAUCUUAAAUAUAUAGGACCUUUAGUCACAUAAUGACACUUGAUUGCCAAAUAAUAAGACACUAUAGUGCUUCUAAGUUUUGCAAUGGUCUGUUUUGCAUCAGUUUAUUCAUCCAGUUGAACUAGAAACGGAUGCAAAACAAUAUUUGCAUGGGAGAAAUGCUGAAUCUGCCUUAAUUGACAGAAGUUUGGUAAGUUUAGCUUGUAUCUGUUUGAAUCAACUUGUCCACUUGAUUAAGUAAUUCCAGUUUGGAUUCAGUGCAGAAUUUGUAGCAGUUAUACUUGGGAGGAUAUGUUAUGGUUAAAAUCUGUAGAAGAAAUUGAAUUGAACAUCAUCCAUGUAGAGGGAACAGUGAUCCAUUUACAUUUUUAUACUAAACAUUAAAAUUAAUUUAAAAACCAUUGUUAAUUUCACAGUAUUGUCAAUGCAUUAUUAUAGCAUUUAUAAUACUAAAAUGCUCAAAAUUUGUUGUACUACAGUAUUAAUUUGAAAAAUGCAAUUACAUUCAUACAACCAUGAUUGGAUGGAUUACCCUUGUCCAUGCCUGUGUAUAGGUGGUGGGGUGCUGGUACAGUGAACACAACUUCUGAAAUUGGGCUGUACUGAUGCCAAUGAGGGAAUGUUUGUGGCAGAGGGAAAUUAGAAUCAGGAGUCUGAGGAUGGGAGAACUCUGGUUGGAACCGUAGAACACUACAGCACAGAAAACAGGCCAUUCGUCUGUACCGAAACUUUAUUCCGCUGGUUCCAUUGACCUUCACCCAGUCCAAUCUAUCCAAUUUAUUCUUAAAACUUAAGAGUGAGCCAGUAUUUACCAUGUCAGAUGGCAGCUUGUUCCACACUCCCACCACUCUCUGAGCGAAGUUCCCCCUAAUGUUCCCCCAAACCUUUCCCCUUUCACCCUAAAGCCAUGUCCUCUCGUAUUUAUCCCUCCUAAUCUAAGUGGAAGAGCCUACUUGCAUUUACUCUGUCUAUACCCCUCAUAAUUUUGUAAACCUUUAUCAAAUCCUCCCUCAUUUUUCUACGCUCCAAGGAAUAAAGUCCUAACCUGUCCAAUCUUUCCCUGUAACUCAACUCCUGAAGACCCGGCAACAUCCUAGAGAAUCUUCUCUGCACUCUUUCAAUCUUACUGAUAUCCUUCCUUGGUUGGAAUUGCAAUCAAGAAGAUGAUCAUAAUAUACACUUCACUUUUAGUUGAUAAGUAUUUAAAACUGGUUUUGCCUGAGGUAAAGAUGAAGCCUGGAACAGGUGUUAGAUCCUUUAUUUCCAUUGGCUUACCACAUUUGUAUGGGUGAAGGGAAUUUUUGUAUGUGUUUUUUUUAUAAUGCUUGUUGCCUGCCAGGGGCUCUGGAUUUAAGAGUGCAGUGUAACCCUUUCAUUUCUGGAUGUUCAUUAGAAUGUUUCUGAGUAAUGUAAUGUAGAUGUGUUGAGCUUGAAUGUGUUUGAUGGAACUGGCCCUGUGAUCAACCCAUGGCUCCCAAAAGUUUGCCUUCACCCAAUUUAUCUCACAGAAUGACUGGUCUGUGAGGAGCAACCAGAGUGCAUCCACACUGUCAGAAUUGUGAUAAUCAGUAACAUACACAACAAUUUGACAAAUAGUUAAAGAAAUUUUAAAAGUCAGCCUCAGAAUAAAGGGAUUUUCAUUUAGAACAGAAAUGAGAAGGAAUCUGUUUAGCCAGAGUGUGGUGAAUCUGUGGAAUUCAUUACCACAAAUGGCUAUGGAGGCAAAGUCAUUGGGUAUAUUUAAAGCAGAAAUUGAUAGGUUCAUGUUUAGUCAGGGCAUCAAAGGUUAUGGGGAGAAGGAAGGAGAAUGAGGUUGAGAGGGAUAAUAAAUCAGCAAGGAUAGAUUGCAGCACAGAUUUGAUGGGCUGAGUGGCUUAAUUCUGCUUCUUUGACUUAGUCUUGUAAUUUUAAACUGGUCAAUUACAUACAUUAGUAUUAAAACUGAAAAAAAAGUUUUCACUUUGCUUAAUGAAGUGAAGGAAAUGGGGUUGUAAUAGAUGUGUCAGCCAUGGCUGGCCAUGAGGCUGAGUGGCCAUGACAAAGGGUGUCUUGCUUCUCAGCUUCUGCAGUUGCAAACCCAUUUCUGGACAUGGUAGUAAGUCCAGGCACAGAGUGAGAAGUCAGAUGUGUGCACACAACUGCUAGUUAGUUUUGUAAUCAUACACUGUGAAGUUGUCUGGCCCAUUCUAGACAAAAUAGAAAAUGCUGAAAAUGGGCAGCAUCUGUGAAAAGAACGAUAGUUCGUAUUUCAGGUUGAAGACUAUUCAUUAGCUUUUCUGGUUCUUAUAUCAGCAUCUGCAGCUUUUUGAUUUUCAUUUUGUGUUAUGUGCUUAAAGGGACUCAAUUAGGAAAAUAUUUUUCAACUUUAUCUGGUAAUAAACGUUUAUUUGGCAAACGUC